ACCACUGGCGCCAUGUCGCGGGGCUAUAAGAGUGCGUCGGUGCCGGUGGGCGCGCCAGUCGUGGGAACGUCGGCGUCGUCGACGGCGCGGGCAGGUCACACACGGGGACGGGAUGCCGUCGUGUCGGAGCAGCUCCCUGUCGCUGCUGGCCCUGGCGAUGGUGGCCGGAGCGCGGGCCGCCUCCUUUCGACCGGACAUCUCGAACGAGAUAGUCGCCCAGCUGUCUAACGAACUCAGAGAGUAUCCAGAGGCGCCGGAGAAGCGCGGCCUGAUGACGUGCAGGAGGUCGGCCGUGUGCGGCCUGGUGCAGGCCAACGCGUGGGGCAUCAACGCCGAAAAGUUUUGCGACUGUCCGGGCCGUCAGUCGUGCCCGCUGCUCUGGGACCCAGAGGAUGGCCGCUCGGUGACACACGGCUCCAAUCAGUAUAAGUACUGCAGACAGGCGCCGACCCUGUCCGUCUGCUCGCCGGGCCAGCAGGCGAUGACCGAUGAGCUGGUCAGCUACCGGGACGAGCGGCUCUCGAUGGCGCACCACGAGUUCAUCCACUGCCGCUGUCCGGCCGGCCACCAGCUCAAACAGAUCGACACACAGUGGAGCGAGACCGACAACAGUGACGUCAUGGUCACCACCAAGGCCUGCACCAAGAUGCCGCAGUGCAGUCCCGGCCAGCACUGCAAGUUCGUCACUCAGAGCAGCGAUAAGGCCAGCGAGGUGACUACCCUGGUGCAGGUCAACUGCGCAUGCGCGCCCAGCCAGACCUGUCCGACGCGGACCGAGCACAAGAUCGAGACGCAGGCGUUCGGACACGGCAGUCUGCACUCAAUCCUGUGCCGGUAGGUCGGCGGGCCCUCAGCUCGACGGCCGGCCGCCGACGGGAUGACCCCCGGCUGACCUGGUGACGUCAGCCGACCCAGCAGCUGACACGGUGACCUGUGAUCGCAACUCGGCUCCUGAGGCCAGUAGCACAAGCUGGUCCGCCUUGCGAAGACCGUAAAUGACACGGGCGAAACCUCAUGCUCCCGUGUCGAGUGAUCUCACGACGCUCACGACUUUGCAUAAAAAUAGAAUUCGAGACGUAAACGUUUCAAAAGAAAGAUUG